AUGACCGACUCGACUCGAGAGAUCGAAUUGCAACAAAGAAUUGACGCCCUUCUCGACCAUGAACUCCUGAAAAACGUGCCCAAGAAUCCAACAAUCGAAGAACUGGAAACGUUGAUUGCCAUUGAACAAGGCAGGGCUUAUCGUAUCAAAGUCGAUCGCAACAAACUGGAGCCCAUGUAUAUUGUAGUGAAGCAAGCGUCGUCAAUCCGUGAUAUCAAAAGGUUGAUCCAAAUACAGUUUGGUCGCAUUCAUCCACAACGACGAGUGAGCUGGAAGUAUAUUUGGAGAACCUUUUGUCUGUCAUUCAAGGGGAAGAGGUUAUUGGAUGAUGAAGCUGUUGUCAGCCAGUUGGGAAUUGCUCAAGACAGCGUGCUUAUGUUUACCAAGCUUGCAUUCGAGAAGGGCAAUCAUAGGCCCGCAUGGCGACGUCGACAGCAUUCUUGA